CGGUUCGUUCAACCAGCAGGCUAAACAAAAUAUCUCCCCGAGGACAGAACCCGGAGCAGAUAGGCAUCCAAACCACCGUAAGAAUCUCCUCCGCCGCUCCCGCGCUUCCCGCACUAGUUUCGAAAGCUAGUUCUCGCGACACCAGCGGGGCAGCAAGCAACCAUCUUCAAGUCUCCCACCCAAGAAGAGUAGAGAAGGAGCCGCAGCGCACUUGACGCACAGAAUGGCGCUUCGCUGCUCCCUGCCCGCAACAUGUUCGACGUUUUGCCUCAGAGGAGCGGAGCACCCCAAUUCGCGCGCUCUCCCAGCGCGCCCCGUCAGCUUCGGUUCUUGCCCAGGGUCCAGGCCGCGCGUGGGGCUCGUGCUCGCCGCUAGCGCCUGGGAGUUCCGUGCGAGUCCGAGCGAACCCAAGACCGUCGGUCGUCUGGUGAUCGGUGGCGGGCCGCGCAAAGACGACACCAGUUCCGAGUCCGACGAUGAAGAUGACGACGACGAGCCUCCGCCCAUGACGGACGAGGAGCGUAAGAAGCUGCGGAGGAAGAUACGGGAGAUGAUGGACCGGAUGCCCGAGAUGCAGGAGCUGACCGACCCCGAGGAGAAGAAGGCCAAGAUGAGGGAGCUGCUCACCAAGUACGAGCUGGUCGUCGAGGAGGAGGACCCGGAGUGGCCCGAGGACGCCGACGACGGGAUGGGCUUCGGCCUUGGCCAGUUCUUCGACAAGAUCACCAUCAAGGCCGAGAAGAGGGAUGACGCUGCCGACGACGAUGAUGCAGGGGAUGGCACCAAGAAGGAGAUCGUUUGGGAGGAUGAUAACUACAUCACGCAGGUCAGGGAUGUCAAGACCAAGGAUUGGGACGACACCGUGUUCACCGAUUUUGGCCCGUUGAUUGUGCUUGUGCACAACCGGUACAAGAGACCACAGGAGAAUGUGAUGGCAAGAAAAGAGCUUGUAAAAGCAAUUGAGACGUUUUGGGAACAUGAUCUGCCUUCACCAAGAUGUGUAGCAGUGGAUGCCUGCGCCGAGCCAGACCUUGUGGCCGCUCUGAAGGUGUCUAGUUUCCCUGAGUUGCUCUUCACCAAUGCAGGGAGGAUACUACACCGAGAGAAAGCUGUCCGUUCGGCCGAGGUUUUGGCGAGGAUGAUAGCCUUCUUCUACUACAAAGCGGCCAGACCACCUUGCUUGAGCGAAUCAGACGGCCAGGGGAAAGAGAAGGUCCCUCUGAUGUCAUGAAAACAGAGUGGAACAUGGUAGUUUGUGUUAGCAUCUUACAUCAGUGUAGCUUCCGAGUUUACAUACAUCAGUAGAGUUACUGUUAGCAGGAAUCCUGAGUCUCACAUGUGGCAUGCAUGCCCUAAGAGUUUAUGGGAUGAUUCUAUUCGUAAUGCUGGAUACCCAUGUCACCAUCUGCUUCUUAUGUUCAGUACUUAAGUGAUGCUUUUUUCUUCGAGAA